AUCACUGAUGUUUACGUACGGAAUUUAAAUAAAUAAAAUACUUAUUCGCGGAGAAAACAUUCUUCAACAGAACGAACGUGAGUUAUAUUGUUAUUUUACGGCUCUUUUACGCGCCGCACUCGUUUUGUAUGGGUGAAUAAUUCGGUAUUUUUAUUGUGCGUUUAUUGAGCAAGUUUGAUCAGCAUCUCGGACGCACUGGUUGGAUUAGGGAUUGUUUGAACCCAGUCACUCCAGAAAGCUUUUUCAAAACAAACGGAACCCCCACUAGAUUUUAUAAACAGCUGAAUGUAUCUUAGAUCAAAGCUUUUUACUCAAUUUGCAGAGAGAAUAUAUGACCUCAAUAGGUCGAGAACAAAAUGUUCCAAUCUCAGGACGUAGACUUUGUUAAAUGUCCAUCAGACCGUGAUUUCAUCCCGAACCCAUGGGAAAAUGUUGCACAAUACGUUAUGUAAGUGGUACGGAACGGAGGGCAUUUAGGUAAUAGAGUUCAGUUGUUAAUGCUAUGGAAAACGACGGUCAUUUCGCAACCCAGGUCUAGCAAAGGGAUGGAGUUCCCUGUGGACGGCCUGGUCAGCGUGAGCCAAGAGAUCCUGGAGAGAUCAGCCCAGGACUACAUGAACAGCCUUCUCCACAGCCCCCUUGACUCACCCCAACACCUCACCCUCGCAAACAACACACAGGUGCCCAUUGGUCUUUCCAAUGUGGGUUUCGUUCCUCUAUAUGGAGACAACAUGAGACAGAAAGUCCUCGCCCUGUUCUCCCAACAGGACCAGUUUACAGCGGUGGGGCUGUACCUGUUGGAUCAAUGGUGGUCACUGGAGAAUAUCUUAAAAACAGCAAACUCUGCCAAAGAUGGAGCUGUGGAGGUGGAGACCAUCGGGGAGCGGAUAGUUCUGUACGUUUUGAACCGUGUGGUGUACAGAGCCAAGGAGCUUAGUUCAGGCGAACUACCUUUCCUCUGCCACGGAGAGAACGACUACGCCAAGAUCCUUUGGAAAGACGGACAGGCUGUCGGCUUCUACUCAGUCAAACCUCCAGGCAGCUUGUGCAGUUCCUUCUUAACCCAAUGCUAUCACAUUCCUGUCAUGGAUUCCAUAUUCGUCAGGAAGUGUCACCGUGGCAACGGUCUGGGUCUUCAGAUGCUGGAGAACUUUGUUGACAGUUUCAAAGAGGAAUACCUUGGGUUGAGAUACCCCCUUUCAAAAGCUAUGUACAGAGUGUGUGGGAAGUAUCUGAGCCUGUACCCAGCCCACAGAGACCUACUGUGGGAAGUGGAGAGUGUUGGAGGACCCAGCCAGAGGACCAACAUAGCCAACAAGAUCCAGGCCAUGGCCAUGAGCACCUUAUCCAAGAACCUGUCUUUUACGGAGCACUCUGUAGUGAACCGUGACGUGGUUGAAAACGAAGUGGUUAUGGAGGAAGUGACUUCACACUUACAGGAACAGGAAGCCAUGGAGUACACCGUUGAAAUUGUGGAGGAAGUUACACUGGUCAGGGUGCCAAAAGAGAAUGAAGAAAUGCCGGUUACAACCAGAGGAAGGAGCAGCGGCCUCAAACGCAAGAAGAUCUUAGAGGAAAGCAAAUCAGAGAAAGUCCUCAGGAUUGAGGAUAUUGAAGCAGAGGGGGAGACUCCCAAAGAGAAGCCAGUGGCAGAGCAUCAGCAAGAGAAUAAAGACGUUGUUGCUGAAUCUGACAAAGAGGAGUUGGCUGAGGAUGUCAUUGACACGGCCAUGGAGGACACAGCAGUAGAGCCUGAGCUUGGAGAGGAGAUUGGAGAGACUGUUACAAGACGGACACUUCAGAUUCAGAAAGCCGCUGUGUUGCUGGUGGACCUGAAAGAAACCUUGCAACCACAAGUGGAGGUAGAAAAUGUGGCCUCAGAGAUAGAGGUGGAGGAGGAGGAGGCUCCAAAGGAGGUGGCAGAAACCGAUGAAGAAACAGCCGAAGAACCCUCUAAGGAGGAAAAGAAAAGAAGCCUCACAAAACCUGUUGAGGUAAAGGAGAAGACAGUGAACGAGGAGCAGCCAGCAGUUGAGAAACCUGCUGAGGUAAAGGAGAAGACAGUGAACGAGGAGCAGCCAGCAGUUGAGAAACCUGCUGAGGUAAAGGAGAAGACAGUGAAAGAAGAGCAGCCAGCAGUUGAGAAACCUGCUGAGGUAAAGGAGAAGACAGUGAAUGAGGAGCAGCCAGCAGUUGAGAAACCUGCUGAGGUAAAGGAGAAGAUCUCACCACCUGAAAAGGAAGUGGUAGCUCCAGUGGUAGAAACAAGAGUCCUUCGGAGAGGAAUAAAAAGUGUACCAGCUACCCCGACUCCAAAACGCAAGUACACAAGAAGAGUCAAACAACCUGUGGAAGAGGAGAAUGAGGAAGAGGUGGCUGAGGAAGAAGUAGAGGCAGCUGUAGUGGAAGCCAAAGUUCUGAGAAGAGGAAGGAGAUCUGCCCCUCCUCCUGCCCAUGCCACACCUAAAUGCAAAUCCACCCCAACUGUUGUUGAAGCGGAAGAGGCAGAAAAAACGGAUGAAAUGACAGAGGAGGAAGUAGACGACAAAGUCCAGGAAAAAGCUGUUGAGGAAGAGAAGGCUACAACAACAAGCCAAGAGGAAGAGGAAGUGGAAAGCUUUGAGGAGGUUGUGGAAGUUCCUCCAGUUGUGGAAACUAGAGCUAAGAGGAGCAGGACAAAAACACUCACAGCAGCCACACCCAAACGAAAGUCCUUACGAAGCAAGUCGUCUGUGGAUUAUAAGGAACAAGAUGCAGAGGAGGAGGAAACAGGAAAUGAAUCCACAGUGGAAGAAGGGGAGGAUAAUGUAGUGGCAGAAGAGGUGAGCGUAGUAGAGGAGGAAGAAGGGUUCCCUGUGGCUGAGGUUGCUGUUGUUGAGGAGACGGAGAAGCAGCCUGAGGAACACAAAUCAGAGAAAGUCAUCAGGAUUGAGGAUAUUGAAGCAGAGGUGGAGACUCCCAAAGAGAAGCCAGUGGCAGAGCAUCAGAAUAAAGACGUUGUUGCUGAAUCCGACAAAAAGGAGUUGGCUGAGGAUGUUGUUCACACAGCCACAGAGGACACAGCAGUAGAGCCUGAGGUUAGAGAGGAGAUUGGAGAGACUGUUACAACACAGACACUUAAGCUUCAGAAGGCCAUUGUGGUACUAGUGGACCUGAAGAAAACCUUGCAAGUGGAGGUAGAAAAUGUGGCACCGGAGAUAGAGGUGGAAGAAGAGGCUCCAAAGAAGGUGUCAGGAACCGAUGAAGUCGAAAAAGAAACAGCCAAAGAACCCUCUAAGGAGGAAAAGAAAAGAAGAGGACGACCAAGAUCCACUCAUCUCACAAAACCUGUUGAGGAGGAGACAGUGAAAGAGGAGCAGCCAGCGGUUGAGAAACCUGCUGAGGGAAAGGAGAAGAUCUCACCACCUGACGAGGAAGAUGCAGGUCCAGUGGUAGAAACAAGAGUCCUGAGGAGAGGAAGAAUAAGUGUUCCAGCUACCCCGACCCCAAAACGCAAGUACACAAGAAGAGACAAACAGCAUGAGGAAGAGGAGGAAGACAAAGAGCCAGCUGUGGAAGAAAAGGCUCCAGUGGUAGAAACAAGAGUCCUCAGGAGAGGAAGAAAAAGUGUUCCAGCUACACUGACUCUGACACGCAAGUACACACAGAGAGGCAAACAACCUAAAGAAGAGAAGGAGGGGAAGGAAGAGCCAGCUGAGGAAGAUGAUGAUGCUCCGGUAGUGGAAACCAUAGUUCUGAGCGAGGGAGGCAGAUUUUCUGCUCUUGCUCAUCCCAGACACAAAUCCACACAAGGCUGCAAAGAACCCGAGGAAGAGGAGGAGAAGGAAGGGGAGUUGGCUAAACCUGUUCAGGAAGCUUGGGAAGAAAAGGUAGAGAAAGCAGUGGAUGAAGCAGCAGCUGCAACAGUGGAGAGUGUGGGGGAAGAAAAGGGGGCAGAGGAAGCAAGAACUGAGGAGGAGGGAAUGGUGGAGGAAGAGAAGGAAGCGGAAACUGAAGCUGCAGCUGAAACUGUACCAGUGGAAGAGGAGAGUGUUGCAGAAGAAAAGGUGGUGGAGGGAGAAACAAUUCAGGAAGAGGAAAAGGUAGAGGAAGAAAAGGAGAUUACAGAAACUAUGACAACACAGACACUCAAGCUUCAGAAAGACACUGCAGUGCUGGUGGACUUGAAACAAACUGUGGCCUCAGAGAUCGAGGAGGAGGCUCCAAAGAAGGUGUCAGGAACCGAUGAAGCCGAAGAAGAAACAGCCAAAGAACCCUCUAAGGAGGAAAAGAAAAGAAGAGGACGCCCAAGAUCCACUCAUCUCACAAAACCUGUUGAGGCUGAGGAGGAGAUGGUGAACGAGGAGCAGCCAGCAGUUGAGAAACCUGCUGAGGAAAAGGAGAAGAUCUCACCACCUGAAGAGGAAGAGGCAGGUGAGGAAGAAGAACUGGCACCAGUAGUGGAAGCCAAAGUUCUGAGGAGAGAAAGGACAUCUGCCUCUCCUCCUGCCCCUGCCACACCUAGACGCAAAUCCACACCAACUGUUGUUGAGGCGGAAGAGGAAGAAAAACCAGAUGAAACAACAGAGGAGGAAGUAGACGACGAAGUCCAGGAAAAUGCUGUUGAGGAAGAGAAGGCUACAACAACAACAACAAGCCAAGAGGAAGAGGAAGUGGAAGCAGAAAGCUUUGAGGAGGUUGUGGAAGUUCCUCCAGUUGUGGAAACUAGAGCUAAGAGGAGCAGGACAAAAACAGUCACAGCAGCCACACCCAAACGAAAGUCCUUACGAAGCAAGUCCUCUGUGGAUUAUAAGGAACAAGAUGCAGAGGAGGAAGAAACAGGAAAUGAACCCACAGUGGAAGAAGGGGAGGAUAAUGUAGUGGCAGAAGAGGUGAGCGUAGUAGAGGAGGAAGAAGGGUUCCCUGUGGCUGAGGUUGCUGUUGUCGAGGAGUCAGAGAAGCAGCCUGAGGAACACAAAUCAGAGAAAGUCAUCAGGAUCGAGGGGGAGACUCCUAAAGAGAAGGCAGUGGCAGAGCAUCAGCAACAGAAUAAAGAAGAAGAUGCUGCUGUUGCUGAAUCCGACAAAGAGGAGUUAGCUGAGGAUGUUGUUCAGACAGCCACGGCGGACACAGCAGUAGAGGCUGAGCUUGGAGAGGAGAUUGGAGAGACUGUUGCAAAACAGACACUCAACCUUCAGAAAGACACUGUGUUGCUGGUGGACCUGAAGAAAACCUUGCAACCACAAGUGGAGGUAGAAAAUGUGGCCUCAGAGAUAGAGGAGGUGGAGGAGGAGGCUCCAAAGGAGGUGGCAGGAACCAAUGAAGACAAAGGAGAGAACAACGAAGAAACAGGCAGACCAAGAUCCACUCGUAUCACAAAACCUGUUGAGGCUGAGGAGACAGUGGAAGAGGAGCAGCCAAUAGUUGAAGAACCUGCUGUGGAAGUGGAGAUCUCGCCACCUGAGGAUGAAGAGGAGGCUCCGGUUGUAGAACCUAGAGUCCUGAGUAGAGGAAGAAAAAGUGUUCCAUUUACUCCGACUCCAAAACGCAAGUCCAAAAGAAGAGGCAAACAGCAUGAGGAAGAGGAGAAUGUGGAGGAGCCAGCAGAAGAAGAAGCACCAGUAGUGGAAGCCAGAGUUCUGAGGAGAGGAAGGAAAUCGGCUUCUGCUCCUGCCACACCUAGACGCCAAUCCACACAUGCCACUAAAGCACCUAAAGAGGAGGAGGUGGCUGAAUCUGUUCGGGAAGCUGUGGAAGAAAAGGAGAAAGUAAAACCAGUGGAGGAGGUAAGGGCAGAGGAGAAAGCCACACUAAUGGCUGAAGAGGACAUGGUGGAGGAAGCUGCAACAGUGGAGAGUGUGGAGGAAGAAAGGGUGGCAGUAGAAGCCAUAACUGAGGAAGUUGGAAAGGUAGAGGAAGAGAAGGAAGAGGAAGCUGGAGCUCCACCUGAAACUGCAACAGUGGAGGAGGAGAGUGUCGCAAAAGAAAAUGUGGAUGAAGAAGCAACAGCUAAGGACGAGGAAGAGCAGGAAGCGGAGAGAGUGGAAGAAGAAAAUAUUGAGGAAGCUGCAGCAGAAACUAUUAGUGUGGAAGAAAAUAUGGAGGAGGAAGCAACAACCACAGAGGAGGAAGAGGAGAAAGUGGAAGAGAAGAAAGAGGAAACGGUUAUUGAACUAGCUGUAGAAAAACUAGCUGAGGAAGUUUCUGGGAUAGAAGAGGUAGAUAAAGUGGAGGAGAAAGAGGGAGCAAAGCCAGUUGAGGAAGAGAAGACUUCACUCGAGGAGGAAGAGGAUGCUCCAGUAGAGGAGGAAGAGGAUGCUCCAGUAGAGGAGGAAGAGGAUGCUCCAGUUGUAGAAACAAGAGUUUUGAGGAGAGGAAGAAAAAGUAUUCCAGCUACUCCGACUGCGAAGCGCAAGUACACAAGAAGAGACAAACAAGCGGAGGAGAAAGACCCAGCUGUGGAAGAAAAGGAACCUGUAGUGAUUGCCAGAGUUCUGAGGAGAGGAGGCAGAGGAAGAUGUUCUGCUCCUGCCCCUGCCACACACGGACGCAAAUCCACAAGAGCCUGCCAACAAACUGAGGAAGAGGAAGAUGUGGAGGCAACGGUUGAACCUGCACCAGAAGCGAUGGAGGAAAAGAUGGAGGAAGAGAAGAAAGUGGAGAUAGUGGAAGAGGCGAGUGUUGCAGAAGAAAAGGUGGAUGAAGUGAAAGCAGUGGAGGGAGAAGGAACAACUCUGGAAGAGGAAAAGGUUGGGGAAGAGAAGGAAACGGAAAUAGUGGAAGAAGACGUUGAGGAAGCUGCAGCAGAAACUGCACCAGUGAAAGAAAAUGUGGAGGCUGAAGCAACAACUGAGGAAAAUGAAGAUGUUAAGGAAGCUGCAGCAGAAACUGCACCAGUGAAUGAAAAUGUGGAGGAGGAAGCAACAACUGAGGAAAAGGAAGAUGUUGAGGAAGAGAAGAAAGAGGUUGAAGCAGAAAAGGAAACGGCUGUAGAGAAACUAGCAGAGGCAGUUGAAAAGGCAGAAAACGUGGAGUUGGUAACAGCAGUGGGAAGUGUUGUGGAUGAAGUGAUAAAGCCUGUUGAGGAACCUGCUGAGGAAGGGAAGACCUCACUACCUGAGGAUGGAGAAGAGACUCCAGUGGUAGAAACAAGAGUCCUGAGGAGAGGAAGAAAAAGCAUUCCAGUAACGCCUCCAAAACGCAAGUCCACACGAAAAGGCAAACAACCUGAAGAAGAGAAAGAUGCGGAGGAAGAGCCAGCUGAGGAGGAAGAUGCACCAGUAGUGGAAACCAUAGUUCUGAAGAGCGAUAACGGAGGCAGAUUUUCUGCUCUUGCCCCUCCUUCUGCCACGCCCACAUGCAAAUCCACACACGCCUGCAUAAAACCUGAGGAAGAGGAGAAGAAGGAAGAAGAGUUGGAGGUAGAAAAGGUAGAGGAGGAAAAGAUGGAGGCGGUGGCUGAACCCAUUCAGGAAGCUUUGGAAGUAGUGGAUGAAGCAGCAGCUGCAACAGUGGAGAGUGUGGGGGAAGAAAGGGCGGCAGAGGAACUAAGAACUGAGGAGGAGGGAAAGGUGGAGGAAGAGAAGGAAGCGGAAACUGAAGCUGCAGCUGAAACUGUACCAGUGGAAGAGGAGAGUGUUGCAGAAGAAAAGGUGGUGGAGGGAGAAACAAUUCAGGAAGAGGAAAAGGUAGAGGAAGAAAAGGAGAUUACAGAAACUAUGACAACACAGACACUCAAGCUUCAGAAAGACACUGCAGUGCUGGUGGACUUGAAACAAAUCUUGCAACCACAAGUGGGGAUUGAAAAUGUGGCCUCAGAGAUAGAGGAGGUGAAGGAGGAGGCUCCAAAGGAUGUGGCAGGAACUGAUGAAGACGAAGUUGAGGAACCUGCUGUGGAAGUGGAGAUCUCGCCACCUGAGGAUGAAGAGGAGGCUCCAGUUGUAGAAACAAGAGUCUUGAGGAGAGGAAGAAAAAGUGUUCCAUUUACUCCGACUCCAAAACGCAAGUCCAAAAGAAGAGGCAAACAGCAUGAGGAAGAGGAGAAUGUGGAGGAGCCAGAGGAAAAAGAGGCAGCUGAGGAAGACGAAGAACGGGCUCCCGUAGGGGAAGCCAGAGUUCUGAGGAGAGGAAGGAAAUCUGCUUCUGCCACACCUAGACGCAAAUCCCCACAUGCCACUAAAGAACCUGAAGAGGAGGAGUUGGCUGAAUCUGUUCGGAAAUCUGUGGAUAAAAAAGAGGAAGGUAAACCAGUGGAGCAGGUAAGGGCAGAGGAGAAAGCCACACUAAUGGAUGAAGAGGACAUGGUGGAGGAAGCUGCAACAGUGGAGAGUGUUGAGAAAGAAAGAGUGGCAGUGGAAGCCAUAACUGAGGAAGAUGGAAAGGUAGAGGAAGAGAAGGAAGAGGAAGCUGAAGCUGCAAAAGUGGAGGAGGAGAGUGUUGCAGAAGUAAAUGUGGAUGAAGAAGCAACAACUGAGGAAAAAGUGGAGGAAGAGAAGGAAGCAGAGAGAGUGGAACAAGAAAAUAUUGAGGAAGCUGCAGCUGAAACUAUUGGUGUGGAUGAAAAGAUGGCGGAGGAAGUAGCAACCACAGAGGAGAAAAAGGAAGAGGAAAAAGUGGAAGAGAAGAAAGAGGAAACAGUUAUUGAACUAGCUGUAGAAAAACUAGCUGAAGAAGUUUCUGGGAUAGAAGAGGCAGAAAAAGUGGAGGAGAAAGAGGAAGCAAAGCCAGUUGAGGAAGAGAAGAAGACUUCACCACCCGAGGAGGAAGAGGAUGCUCCAGUAGAGGAGGAAGAGGAUGCUCCAGUAGAGGAGGAAGAGGAUGCUCCAGUAGAGGAGGAAGAGGAUGCUCCAGUAGAGGAGGAAGAGGAUGCUCCAGUAGAGGAGGAAGAGGAUGCUCCAGUAGAGGAGGAAGAGGAUGCUCCAGUUGUAGAAACAAGAGUUUUGAGGAGAGGAAGAAAAAGUAUUCCAGCUACUCCGACUCCAAAGCGCAAGUCCACAAGAAGAGACAAGCAAGCGGAGGAGAAAGACCCAGCUGUGGAAGAAAAGGAACCAGUAGUGGAAACCAAAGCUCUGAGGAGAGGAGGCAGAGGAAGAUGUUCUGCUCCUGUCCCUGCCACACACGGACGCAAAUCCACACGAUCCCGCAAACAGCCUGAGGAGAAGGAUGAGGAGGUGGAGGCAGAAUUGGUAAAUGAGCAAAAGAUGGCAGAGGUGGUUGCACCUGUUCAGGAUGCUGUGGAGGCAGAAUUGGUAAAUGAGCAAAAGAUGGCAGAGGUGGUUGCACCUGUUCAGGAUGCUGUGGAGGACAAAUUGGAGGAAGAAAAAGCAGUGGACGAAGCAGAAGCUGAAACUGCACCGUUGGAAGAGGAGAGUGUUGCUGAACAAAAGGUGGUGGAGGGACAAACGACUCAGGAAGAGAGAACUGCUACUGUGGAAGAAAAGGUGGAAGGCAAAAUACCUGAAAAAGAGGAAAAGGUUGAAGAGGACAAGAAAGCUGAAGCUGAAACUGCACCAGUAGAAGAGGAGAGAGUUGCAGAAGAAAAAGUGGAGGAAGAAGCAAAACCCACAGAGGAAGAAAAGGUGGAAAAAUCAACAACUGAGGAAGAGGAAAGAGUUGAGGAAGAUAAGAAAGAGGUGGAAGCAGAAGAGGAAGAAAUGGUUGAAAUGGGUGUAGAAAAACUAGCAGAUGUAGGUGAAGAGGCAGAACAAGUGGAGGAGUCAACAGCAGUUGAAAGUGUUGCAGAUGAAGUGCUAUUAAAGCCAGUUGAGGAACCUGCUGAGGAAGAAGAGAAGACCUCACCCCCUGAGGAAGAAGAGAAGACCCCACCCCCUGAGGAAGAAGAGAAGACCUCACCCCCUGAGGAAGAAGAGAAGACCUCACCCCCUGAGGAAGAAGAGGUAGAUGAGGAAGAACAAGCUCCAGUUGUGGAAGUAAGAGUUCUGAGGAGAGGAAGAAAAAGUGUUUCAGUUUCUCCCCCAAAACGCAAGUUGAGAGGAAAAGGUCAACAGCCUGAGAAAGACGAGAAGCUGGAGGAGGAAGAGGCAGCUGAGGAGGAAGAAGAGGCACCCAUAGUUGAAGCCAGAGUUCUCAGGAGAGGAAGGAGAUCUGCCCCUACAACUGCCCCUGCUUCAUCUAGACGCAAAUCCACACGAGUCAGCAAGCAUCCUGAGGAGGAUGUGGAGGCAGUUGCUGAACCUGCACCAGAAGCGAUGGAGGAAAAGGUGGAGGAAGAAAAAGCUAUGGAGGAGGAAAAGGAAGCUGCAGCUGAAACAGCACCAGUGGAAGAGGAGAGUGUUGCAGAAGAAAAGGUGGAGGAAGUAAAAGCAGUUGAGGAGGAAGGAGAAAUUGUGGAUGACGAAAAUGUGGAGGACGAGAAGGAACUGCAGAUUGUGUUAAAAGAGAAGGUUCAAGAAGCUAAAGCUGCAGCUGAAACUGAACCAGUUGAACAGGAUAAUGUUGCAGAAGAAAAGGUGGAAGAGGAAUUAAAAAGCAUAGAGGAAGAAAAGGUGGAAGAAGAAACAACUGAGGAAGAGGAGAAAGUUGAGGAAGAGAAGAAAGAGAUGAAUGCAGAAAAGGAAACAAUUGUUGAAAUGGCUGUAGAAAAACUAGCAGAGGUUGUUGAAGAGGCAGAAAAAGUGGAGGUGGUAACAGCAGUGGAAAGUGUUGCAGAUGAAGUGGUAGAAAAUCCAGUUGAGGAACCUGCUGAGGAAGAAGAGAAGACCUCACUACCUGAGGUAGAAGAGGAGGCUCCAGUUGUAGAAACAAGAGUUCUGAGGAGAGGAAGAAAAAGUGUUCCAGUUUCUCCUCCAAAACUUAAGUCCACAAAAAGAGGCAAACAAGUCCAGGAAGAGGAAAGCAUGGAGGAGCCAGAGGAUGAAGAAGCACCAGUAGUGGAAACCAGAGUUACGAGGAAAGGAAGGAAAUCUGUCCUUGCUCCUGCCACACCUAGAUGCAAAUCCAAACGAGCCCGCAUAGAACCUGACGAAGAGAAAGAGGAGAAUGAAGAGGAAAAGGUAGACGAUGCGGCUGCAACAGUGGAGAGUGUGGAUGAAGAAAAGGUGGAGGAAGCUGCGGCUGCAACAGUGAAGAGUGUGGAGGAAGAAAAGGUGGAGGAAGUGAAUGAACUGGAGGCAGAAGAAAAGGUUGAAAAGGAAACAAAAGCUGUGGAAGAAGCAAGAACUGAGGAAGAAGAAAAGGUGGAAGAAGCAACAACUGAGGGAGGAAAAAAGGUAGAAGAAGCAACAACUGCGGGGGCUGUGGUAGAGGAGGCUGAAAAAGUGGAGGAGGUGGCAACAGUGAUGAAAAGUGUUGCAGUCGAAAAGCCAGUUGAGGAAGAGAAGACCUCACAACCUGAGGAAGAAGCAGAGACUCCUGUUGUAGAAAUAAGGGUCCUAAGGCGAGGGAAAAAAAGCACUCCUGUUAAUCCUCCAAAACGUAGGUUCACACCAAAAGGCAAGCAAGCUGAGGAAAAUGAGAAGAAGGAGGAAGAAAAAGUAGAGGAGGUGGCUGAGCAUGUGCCGGAAGCUGUGGAGGAAAAGGAGCUGGCAGCUGAGGAAGAUGAGGCACCAUUAGUGGAAGCCAAUGUUCUGUGGAGAGGAAGGAGAUCUGCCCCUGCCACACCAAGACGCAAAUCCAAACGAGCCCGCAAAGAACCUGAAGAAGAGGAAAAUGAGGAGGAAAAUGUAGAGGAGGAAAAGGCAGUGGAGGAGAAAAUGGUGGUUGAGGAGAAUAAGAUGGAGGAGGAAGAAGAAAAGGUGGAAGAGCCAGCAGAGAGUGCUGCUUCAGAGACGAAAGAGGCAGAAGCCAUCGCACAGCAGCCAGAGGAGGUGGCAGAGCAAACAGAGCGGAAGGAAGAAGUAAAGAACACUGCUGAAACAGAAGAAGAAAAGGUAGCUGAUGAAGAAACAGAUCAAGCAGUAGAGAAGGAAGAAGGAGACACCACCAAUGUGGGAAAAAAUACUGAUAAGACAAGAGUAACUUCUGCUACUCAAGAUGAAGUAUCUGGUAAAGCUUCAGAGGACGAGGAGGGAGAAACUCUGGCGGUGGAAGAGGUAGAGAAAACAGAUGAAAUGACAGAGGAAGUAGAAGACAAAUUACAGAACAAAGCUGUUGAGGGAGAGGCCACAACAACAACAAGCCAAGAGGAAGAGGUAGCAGAGAGCCUUGAGGAAGUUGUGGAAGUUCCUCCAGUUGUGGAAACUAGAGCAAUGAGGAGCAGGACAAAGACAGUCACAGCAGCCACACCCAAACGAAAGUCCUUACGAAGCAAGUCUUCUGUAGAUUAUAAGGAACAGGAUGCAGAGGAGGAGGAAACAGGAAAUGAACCCACAGUGGAAGAAGGGGAGGAUAAUGUAGUGGCAGAAGAGGCGAGCGUAGUAGAGGAGGAGAAAAAAGAGGAGGAAGGGGUCCCGGUGCCUGAGGUUGCUGUUGUCAAGGAGACGGAGAAGCAGCCUGUGGUAUCAAGAGUUCUGAGAGUGAGGUUAACUGCCACGCCCAUAGCCACACCCACACCACAGCAGCGUACAUCCACAAAACGCAGCAAAAUAGUUACACCUGAGAAGGUCGAGCCUGAGGUGGGCAUGCUUUCAUCAGAUGAAGGGCAGGAAGAGAGCCCUGUGGAAAAGAGAAACCUCCGGAAGAGAAAAAGCAUGGAACCAACACCUGUUCGCAGAUCCAUGCGCCGCAGCAGAACUUAGACUGUGGAGAACGUUUUUUUGGUUCAGUUUUAAAAAAUGCAUCUAUUUAGUGAAGAUUUCAUAUUAGACCAGAUUGUUUUCUUCUAUCUAUUUGUACGUUUCUAUAAAUAGGAAAUUAGAAAAAAAACAUACAUCACUUAAAAUUUUUAUGUAAUUUUUCUGAAAGUCAAUAUAGUUUAUUUGAUAUCUUUUCAUAUUGUAUAUAUAUUUUGCAUUUAACCACAAGUCUGUGAACAGUUUUUUGUUGACCUUAAUGGCUGGUAACACAAUGCGUUUCAGCUUUGGUUUGGACACAAUCGUCUAAAACAACAUUUAUUCACUCAAAAUACUGCAUCCCAUGAUCUGCUAAAACAACAUUUAUGCCAAACGGUGUCUCCUCGAAUAAGAAUCAAGAAGCCUGUAAAUAAAUAUAUAUAUUUUUAAAAACAAAUGUAGUUACAUUGGGACACACCAGCACUAAUCGUCAUCAAGAAAAUAUUUUGGGCCACCAGGCUCCAUGCUCAAUCUGGAAUAUUUUAGAAAAUAUGAAAUAUUGAUAUCUACAAUAGUGCAGAUACAUAUGAAAACAUAUUUUUUUAAACGUCAAUCGAAAGGACAUGGCUCAGACAUGCACAGAAACAAUAUAACAGCUCCCCUUUGUUAGAAAAGAUUAUUCAUAGUUUUUUAAGCAAACUAUGUUUAUUUACAUUUUUUUUCUACACGUCAGUAACAGUUCUUGUGGAAAUUUGGAAUGCUUACAUUUUUACCCAUCUAUACAAAUGUUUUCAACAGAACUCAGGAUAUAAAAUCACAUUUUAUUUAGCACAAUUCUUCAUUUGAAAUAUCUAAUGUCAACACUUUGUGUCAUUGUGUUACAUUUUGUGUGUAUUGAACAAUUUGGUACACUUUGAACAUAUUUAGUGUAAAAAAACUACUAAAUACGCACUAAAAUAUUACCUCACUGAGCCGACGAGGUUCAAACCAUUUCAGUUUGUCAUUUGAAAAGGAUGUGUUUCCUGUAUUAACCUUUACCCACGACAACAUUCCUCUGAAAAGGCAACGCGCGAAAUUCAAAAAUAUUUUUUGGGGAAAUAUGUCACUUUCACACAAUAACAAGUCCAAUACAGCAAAUGAAAGAUAAACAUCUUGUUUAUCCCACACCCAUGGUGUCCGAUUUCAAAAAUGAUUUACAGUGAAAGCACAACAUAUGAUUAUGUUAGCUCAUAGCCAUGUCAAAAAAACAGAAAUUUUUCCAGCCAAAGAUAGGAGUCACAAAAAGCAGAAAUAUAGAUCAAAUUAAUCACUAACCUUUGAUGCUCUUCAUCAGAUGACACUCAUAGGACUUCAUGUUAUACAAUACAUGUAUGUUUUCUUCGAUAAUGUGCAUAUUUAUAUCCAAAAAUCUCAGUUUACAUUGGCGCCUUACGUGCAGUAAUGUUUUGAUUCCAAAACAUCCGGUGAUUAUGCAGAAAUACUCAUAAUAAACAUAGAUAAAAGAUGCAAGUGUUAUUCACAGAAUUAAAGAUAGACUUAUCCUCUAUGCAACCGCUGUGUCAGAUUUUUUAAAAACUUUACGGAAAAAGCAUAAUCUGAGAACAUCACUCAGAGCCCAAUCCAGCCAAAGAAAUAGCCGCCAUUAUGGCGUCAACAGAAGCUAGAAAAAAACACUAAAUAUUCACUUACCUUUGAUCUUCAUCAGAAGGCAGUUUCCCAGGAAUCCCAGUUCAACAAUAAAUGACUGAUUUGUUCCAUAAAGUUCCAUAAAGCCCAUAAUUUAGCCACUUGUUGUUUGUGUGUUCAGCCCAGUUAUCCAUCUUCAUGAAGCGUGAGCACUUCCUCCAGACCAAACUCAAAGUUCCGUUACAGUCCGUAGAAACAAGUCAAAUGAUGUAUGCAAUCAAUCUUUAGGAUGUUUUUAACAUAAAUCAUCAAUAAGGUUCCAACUGGAGAAUUUCAUUGUCUGAAGAAAAGCAUUGGAGCAAACUCUGUCGGGAGCGCACGUCAUGAGACCGAGGCUCUCUGCCAGACCAUUCCUUUAUAGUAGGAUCCUCAAACCCGUUUCUAAAGACGGUGACAUCUAGUGGAAGCCCUAGGAAGUGAAACCUCACCCAUAUCUCAAUGUGAUUUCUAUAGGCACUGUUUUUGAAAAUCGAUUUCUCACUUCCGGUUUGGAUUUUUUCUCAGGUUUUUGCCUGCCAUAUGAGUUCUGUUAUACUCACAGACAUCAGUCAAACAAUUUUAGAAACUUCAGAGUGUUUUCUAUCCAAUACUAUUAAUAUUAUGCAUAUAUUAGGAUCUGGGACAGAGUAGGAGGCAGUUCAGUUUGGGCACGCUAUUCAUCCAAAAGUGAAAAUGCUGCCCCCUAUCAAAAGGAUUUAACGCGAUAUAAUUUUAUAUACCAAUACAUGUAUGUAUAUCCUCACAUCUUGUAUGUUAACGUUUAUCAUUAAGGUUUUGAUAUACAGUAAGUAAAAUUUAAACAGUAAAAAUAUGGUCAUACAGAAGAGUUUAAAAAGUUUUUAAAAAAGAGUUUAAUAAAGUUUCAAAGUUUGUAAUAAAGUUUAUAAUAAAAUCUAUAAACUGAGCUAUGAUGUUAAACUGUGAGAGAUGUGAAAAUAGAUAGAAACUAUGAGUUUUCGUUUGUCUGUGUUAUUAUAAUAAUAUGAUAUAUCUUGUUUCAGACUUUCAACGCUUUUGUUAUGCCUCAGUGCCCCACAAAGGCACAAGCCAGCUAUAGCCAGCAGUAGCCUGUCUUGCUCACAAACAUUUUCAUUUAGCAAUGUUGUAUUUUAUGACAAACCUCUCCUUGCAAUAUGUGGAAUGGACUUAUGUAACUUCUCCUCUGACAAUGUGAUUUGUUAUGAUCUUUGGUAGAAAAUAAAGAUUUUCACUGUUUUAACCUA